AUGGUUCUUGGAUUGAAGCGGUGCCUCCCGGAUUCAAUGAGCGGCGCCGAUCGAGGGUUCUGCUUCUCUGAUCCCAAGAAACAGCGAAGAAGCAACGAUGUUCUUCCCGGAGAACUCGAAAGGUGCGUUGUUAAUCCCCAUAAUGGCGGCUUUUUGGCGCGAAAUCCUCCAAUGGAAUGCAGCGGGAUUCUCGAUUCCGAAUCAGGGCCAAAACCCUAUCCUUCGCCGGAAGAUGUUAUUCCAGAGAUGGUAGAAGUUGUGUGCAAUGACACAGAAGGGGUUUAUUUUCCCGGCCUCCAUAUGGUGCAAUGUGGGUGCAGGCCGUGUUCGAUCAAGAAAAACAACGCCAAGAGGAGCGUCGGCGAUUGGGAAAAGCACGCCGGGUCGAGAGCUAAAAAAUGGAAGGUGAGCAUAAAGGUGAAGGCCACAAGGCAACCCUUGGGAGAAUGGGUUUCAGAGAAUUCCGCAGUCACUACUCGAGGACAUGGGUUUAACUUUAAUCCGGGAUUAAACCCAACCCGACUCUCAGCAUUCUUAACCCAAAAACACACCCCCAUAACCCAAAAAUGGACACCAGAGCGCUGCGCAGUCUGCAGAUGGAACGAAGACUGGGAAUACGACAAGAUCGUAAUCUGCAACAAGUGCGAAAUGGCAGUUCACCAAAAAUGCUAUGGAGUAAGUCACAUCAAUGAUUUCACCUACUGGCUUUGCAAUGCCUGCAAGAACCCGAGUCUCAACCCGGAAUGCUGUCUCUGCCCCGUCAAGGGCGGCGCAUUGAAGCCCUGCGACGUUGAGCCGUUCUGGGUUCACGUUAUCUGCGCCUGGUUUCGUCCCGAAAUGUGUUUCCCCAGCGACAAGAUGGAGCCGGCCGUCGGGCUGAUGAGAAUCCCGCCCAAGACUUUCCACCAGACCUGCCAAAUCUGCAACCAGACUCACGGGGCGUGUAUGCAGUGCUGUAAAUGCAGCAACACUUACCAUAUCACCUGUGCUUUUCGAGCAGGGUUUUACAUGGAAAUGAUGUUAAUAGCCAAUAAGAAUACUAAUAGACUGAUAUUGUAUUGCAAUAUCCACAAACCUCCCAAUCCAGAUAGUAAAUUAGAGAUGCGAACUCUUCACAAGAACAGAAAUCAGGCCCUGAAAAAUUCCGUGCCCUAUUCAUCAUCAAAUGAACCUGAACCCCAGCCUAAAAUUGAAACAAAGCCAGAUGAUCAAAGUUCAGAACCUGAAACUUCUAAGACUGAUUCAUCAUUAAAUGAACCUCAGCUUGAGCCUGGAACUGAAACAGAGCCUGAUGAUCAAUUUUCCGCGGCGAGAUGUCGGGUCUACGAUAGAACAGCUCGGAAAAGAGAUAAACCGGAGGCGAUAAUCAACGCCAGGCUGAAUUACGGAAAGGAGCCGGAAAAUGGGCGGGGAUUCUCGUCGAUGCCGGAGAGGAUGAAGCAUCUGCAGAGAACGAUGAAAGAGCGAAUCUGUUUCGGCAAGUCCGGGAUUCACGGGUGGGGGGUGUUCGCAAGGCGGAGAAUCCGGGAAGGGGAGGUGGUGGGGGAGUACGUGGGGGAGGUUGUGCGGCGGAGCGUGUCGGACGUGAGAGAAGCUCGGUACAAUGCGGAAGGGAGGGAGUGUUACCUGUUCGGGAUCAAUGAAGAAAAAGUGAUUGAUGCGACCAUGAAGGGGAACUUGACUCGGCUGUUCAACCAUUGUUGCAUGCCGAAUUGCUAUUCCAGGAUAGUGAAUCUGGGGGAAGGGGAUUACGGGGUGGUUUUGAUAGCCAAGAGGGAUGUUGGUGCAGGUGAAGAACUUACGAUGGACUACAUGUUUGAUCAUAACAAGGAUUAUAAACCCACCACUCCCUGCUUCUGUGGAGCUCCCAAUUGCAGGAAAUUCAUGUAA